UACACGUCUUCUCAUCGUAGUGUGAAGAUGCUGCACAGAGCCCCAAGACUACUGUCUGUGAUGGCGGCCGUCCUUCUCCUGGCUUCAGCCGAUCAGACGCCAGUUCAGGUCAUCGGUCUAGUGAACCGCUCAGUAGAACUGUCCAUCCAACUGCACCUCCCACUUCCUGUGGAAGAAAUCGUAUGGAAAUUUACAACUGGCAGCAGAACUGUUAAAGUGGUAGAAGUUGGAAAUAUGUCAAUUUUGAUGUACAGUAACCAAUUCAAGAACCGUCUUACAACUUUAAGUCAUGGAAGGACCAUCAUCCUCAAAGAUCUCACCCUGAGGGAUGCUGGGAAAUACUGCGCCGAGAUCAUACUCAUCAGCAAAGAGAUACACAGGACGGCGUUUAUCCUCACGGUGUACGAACCUGUCCCGUCUCCGACCAUAUGGUCUAAAUUGAAUGAAAACACCAGAGAGCAAUGCAAUUUUACUCUCCAUUGUUCUGUCCCAUCGAUCACAUCAGAUGUUUUCUAUACUUGGAAAAACAGUAGGAGGAACUCUGCGUAUCAGCGUAUAGAUAAUAAUGGAAGCACCAUCCAGAUAUCACUACUACCGAACCACCUGGACAUGGAAAUCAUGUGUAUAGUCCAGAACCACGCAGACCAGAAGAAUGUUUCUGUCCAAUUAGGACCGUUCUGUGCGGUACCUAAUAAUGCAGGAACUAACAGCACACAUGAGAGAGGAUGUUAUAUGUCUCUGAGGUCCAGCCUGACAGGAGCUUUCCUAAGCGUAUCCCUGUUCUUCAUAUGCCUAGCCCAUUGUUAUCGCUAAUACGCAGAAACAUCACUUCCAUGAUCAGAAAAUGGAGAUAGAAUAUGUUGACCAUGAAAAUUCUGAACCUUGGACCAUCGAUCUCCAGAAUUGAUGUGUAAACCACAGCUGUUAGGACUUUCUCUUUCUCUGCCUAUUCCUGUGAAAAUUUUCUCUCUAUGCCGACGAAAAGCUGUGCUCUUAGCCAAUGACACGUCUCGAACUUGCAGCUCCUCCUCCCCUCUCACAGCAUUCAGUCAUAUAUACACUGAGGGAGAGAUUCUGCAGCUGCAGCUCCCUCCUCCUAUUCCUUCCUUAGGUUUCUGGGGGUUUCUGAACAUUUAUAGAGAUUCUACAGGUAGGGAAAGAGGACUACUGACAAUUAAAGGAAGAAGAAUUAUAAUGAAUGGGCUUGGACGUUCAUAUGUCCAAUUAAAGUGAACCCCUAACUUUGGAAUCUAUAAAAUUUUCAAAUUUUGGAAAAAUUCUGAAAAAGCUAGUCUCUAAUAGAGAAUUCUUAUCAGAAUCCAGCCCUCGACCUACAGGCAUGUUC